UAUAAAAGAAAAAAAUCUUGCUUUUACAAAAAAUUGCUGAAUAGAUUUUUGUUUAAAAAAACAAGAUGAGAAAUAAGUGUAUCAUGGGUGUAUGCGUAUAUUUUCAAAAAACGAAGUUGUGUCCAUUUUCCUGACCAUUUUUAUAUCGUUCAAAUGAGUUUUUUUUUAAAAAAACCUAAACUUGUAACUUUGGGUUCAUCAAAAAUUUCCACAUUUCUAUUAAGUUAUUCUUUUUUCUAUUCAUUGUAUUUUAAUUUUAAUUUUGCUAUAUCAUGAAGUGGUCGAAUCCAGCUAGGAUAUGCUAAAAAAUAAGAUUCUUCAGUAGUAGGUAUCGCCAAUUCGUCGAAUCGCAUAGGAUAUUGUCUUCAGCCCGGACUAAUGGUUAGGGUAAAAGCUCACAUCGUAGUAAAAGCUCUCCGGCUGUUGGUCCACGGCAUGCUGGGAACUUUCCGCAUCCUGGCAUCCUUCGCUGGGUUCAUUCAUCAGUAGAACAAACGCCGUCAGAUGGGACAGAAGUGCUAGUGCCACAGAGGGAACCGAACCGAACGGAGGCUCUAAAAGGCGACAUCCUCGACUCGUUUGGCGCCAUAUUUACUCGGACCAAUUGGAGACGGCCACUCCGUAUUUACGUGACUGCGUGUGUGCUCGAGAUAGUCCGGUUUUUUUGGUUCCCCCGUCUGUUUGUGUAAUUUCGCGCGCUUUUGUGUCGCCCGCUGGCCGGACAUCUUAUAUACCAAAGGGUCGGGAAAUAGGGCUCCAAAAAAAAGGGAUUUGAAAAGGCGUGAGAUUUGCGGCAGACUGCUGGACCACUGCCAGCGGACUGAAAUCUUAAUUAGCCAUUUAAUGGCAGUUGGCAGACAACAAAGCCUGAUGUUGUUUUUCCGGAAGCAUCAUAUGAAGCAGCAUCAGAAGCAGCAGCAAAAUAAGGAACUGUAGCACAACCAAAAGCCGAUCAGCAGACCGUACAGCUUUGAGUGCUUUAUGGUACCGAAGUGGCAUCCCAAGUCCUAACAACUAACUAACAAGAACAACAUCGGCUUAGGGCAGCAGGAAGUAUCAACACGAGCCAAGGAUACAAAGCAAUCUAUAAAGAUGGCCGGCGGAGGCAGGACAGCCGGCAAAUACGGUUACUCGGACAACAAUUAUUACAGUGGUCACUCGUACAAAAGCAUCAACGAUGAGAUUAUACUGGUCAGCAUCAUAAUGGGGAUUACCAUACUGGUGCUCAUCACCAUCGCCCUGUGCUACAUUGCGUAUGAGAAGUGCCAGAAGAAGCGGGAGUACUAUAUCAACGCCUAAGGGGUUCGAAUUCUUCCCCCUCCUUUCCGGAAUAUCGAAGGAUGGAGCUUCUGUUCUAUUCGUCCUGUGUUUGUCCUCCUUUGCAGCGGUGGCACUGCAAGGCUAAAUGUCAACACGGUAUGCGACAAUGUUGACGUUGACGAUUUAGUUGGCCAACAAAAAUAACCCAGAGUGGCUGCAGCCAACCAAGAGGCUCCUCUUUUUACCCCCAACCCAAAAUCCCCGCCAGACACGUACACAAAUCGGAAAGCAGUGGAAUUUCUGCUGUUUAAACGCUCUCCGGCAUCUUUGUUGGUUUUUUGCCACAGUUGCAGUUUUUCUCAAGUGCCAGGAAGCAUGGCUCUAUUGUUUGCCCACUGUGCACAGUGGGUGCCGCCUGGCACUUGACAUUUGUCCAGCCAAUUAGGCGUUUGAAUUUCUCCAUUUCGUAUUUUCCUUGGACUUGGUCGUUGGCGGAAAAAAAUAAUCAACACAAAGGAUAUGUAAGCUUUUGGCCUUUUUAAAUUCUGUACUAUUUGUGCGCUGCUUCAGACAAUUCCGACUUUUUAAGACUUUCAUAAAUUCGUGUUUUUAUGCCGCACCCGGGCAUUUCAAUUUAAAAUGCAAUUCGCUCGAAUUCCACCAUGCAGCAACCUUUUGUUUGUCAAACCGAGGAGGAAUAAUAAAAAAGAGCCAACCGAAACCUCACACCACGGAAUAAUGGGGCCGAAAGAAAUAUAAGCGAUACUUUUGCAAGUGCGCUGUGUCGAUAUUGCUGCCCCAAACUGAGUGCUGGAAACAUUGUGCAUAUGUACACGGAGAGAAAAUGUUGUAACCAGUAGAGCAAAGACUCGCAGAUAAUAGUCAUUCAGAGAUCUUAAAACAUGUACUUAUAUUUAUUUAACU